AGAGUAGAAUAUGAUCAUGAUCUUCAAGAGUGAAGCUCUACUGCCUGCUCUUGAACCUGUUGAGCUUUCCAGCUCAGGAAAUCAGGAAUACCAGAUUUGAAACUAAAUCUGAUUAACCUGAUCGUUAUUGAGCUGAGGAUCACUGGAUCCUGCUAAACUCGGUGCAGCUGAUCUCCUUAUAAGCUCAUAAGUUGAAAGAAAAUGUUGAACUUUAAUGGAGACAAACUUUAAAUAAAUAUUUUAGUUCCGACCGCUAAAACUUGAACUACUAGCAGUUCUAAGUGUCUCCUAUUCAGAAGAUUGAGAGCCUUGUUAGGAAUGGCAUGAAUAGCCAUCGUGAUUUAACUGUUCUGAUCCUGGAAGUUUAGAGCUAAACCUGAAACCAAACUAAACUAAACCUCACUAACUGGACUGGACUAAGCACCAAAUUGUUGACCACCAAGAUGUUUAUAAAGAAUUAAACCAACUUGUUCUUUUACUUCGUGCACAAAGAGUUAAAAAAGAGUUUACAGGAGAGAAUGGGAAACAUUUAUCCGCUACCCGAGGAUCCUAAUCUCAACUGUCUAGCCGUAGGGUUCAGGCCAACUGAUACCAUCAAAGUUUUCCAUGCAACUAAACAAGCAAUUAGAAGAAUAGAAUAUAUUGUGAGAGAAGUAAACAGGAUCACUGAUGGAUCGGACAGAUUAGAUUCAGAAGAAGAGUCUCCUGGAUAUCAUAAAUUUCAACUAAAGAGUGCAAACUUUAACGAAGGAGCAGGUCUGGAAGCAUCAACUGCUGGAAAACUUUUCGUACUCAGGCUACUAGAGGAGAUGUAUAUGAUGGGUUAUGAUCCUGUAGUCAGCUCUGAUCUAGUUAGGGAGAAGGAUGUUGCAACUCUUUUCUUUAAGAAGGAGGUUUGGACAAAUUUAAGAUGCUGCGAGGAGAUGAACUUUUUGUUGACACUGUUAAGCAUGCUAUUCAAGCCACUUGGCCUGGAGGAAUACAAAAGGAGUGUAUAUUGGUAUCGGGAACAGAGAAUGUUCAUGAAGUAAAGCUUCAUGGAACGCCAUGGAACGAUUGUGAUGGGGAACAAAAUUUCAGGUGUAAUCAGAUGAUGAUAAGACUACUAGGUGAGCUGGGCGGAGUUGGAUAUAAAUUAAUCUGUGGAACUAAUCUUAAAGGAACCA